GGGCAGGCGAGCGACUCGACUUCGCCUCAAAGUCUUCACCCCACGACCACGUCACUCUCGCAGGCCGCCCAAACCCCUCGACCACAACCACGACGACAGCGACACCCUCCCGGCACCGUCUCGACCACCACCAAAGGGCCUCAAGACGAGCCCCUGCGCCAAAUCACCUUCUGCAACCCGCCGGGCCGGCGCCGCGACUCGAGCCCUCCGCCCACUUGAUGCACCAGCAACUCUCCCGCCCCCAUCGCUGCAUCCUUGCCCGCCCGAGUGGCUGCACCUCGUAGGCAGCAUGGCGACCACUGAUGCGAGGGCUGCCGCUGCGGCAAUGCCGAAUCCAGCGCCUCUCUCGUCGGCAUCAACCUCCUCCUCGCCCGCGCUCUCCGGUCACGCGCACAACGACUCUGUGGCAGGUGCGCCUCUAGCGAAUGGCCACCACCACCACCAUCACCAUCACCACCAUAGCCACAGCUCGGUACACGAACUACGCCACCCACCAACUCCUCCGGUCACCGCCAUGGCGCAGAACGCGGCUGCUGGGGCGGCGUCCAAGAAGGCCAAGGCGAAGAAAGCGUUCGACUCGAGUGAAGCGUCAAAACUGGUCGCUGCCAGGAUAUCGCAGCUCGAGGUCGAUACGGCAGCCGAGAAAGAGCAGGAGGCGGAGAUCGAUCGUGAGGUGCGAAAGGCGAAUCGCGAACUGAAUCACCAAAUGAACAAGAUGAGCGAUUUGGACAAGAUAGAACUCCUCACGAAACGAUCGUCUGAACUAUUCGCCAAUAUGAAACGGCUCGAACGAGACAAUAUCAAGAACAAGAAACGGGCCGAUCAGCUGCAGAAGGAGAAGGACACGAGCCGUACCGACCUCAGCAAGCAGAUUGGGCUCAAGGAAAAGCUCGAGAAGUUGUGCAGGGAGUUGCAGAAGGAAAACAACAAGCUCAAGAAUGAGCACCGCGCUCUCAACGACACACACGACAGGCUCAAGACUUCUUCCGACGAUCGGUUCCGAAAGGUUCUUGAAACUCUCGAGGGGUAUCAAGAGGAGAAGGACAAUCCCCGAAAACAAGUCGUCUAUAUGAAAGCUGAAGAGCUGUUCAAGGCCCGAUUCAAGUCGCUCAUUGACCAAUACGAAUUACGCGAAUUACAUUUUCACUCGGCGAUGCGGACGAAAGAGAUCGAAGUGCAGUGGAACAUGGCUCGUUACGAACAGCAGAAGAAGACUGCGGAAGCGGAUGCUGCUCGUGCUCGGCAGCUCAACAGCCAGGUUCUCACAUUCACAAAGACCGAAACCGAGCUGAGAAAUCAGCUCAAUGUCUACGUCGAGAAAUUCAAGCAGGUACGGCGAGCUCUGGCCCCUGAAAUCGUCCGACAGGCUCUAACUUUCCACGAGGUGGAGGACACGCUGAACAACAGCAACGACUUGUUCCUCACAUUCCGCAAAGAGAUGGAGGAUAUGUCCCGCAAGACAAAGAGACUGGAGAAGGAGAACGAGGCGUACAAACGGAAAAACGAGAAGCUCAAUCAGAACAUACUGAAACUUGCCGAUGAGCGCACAAGGCUGUUGAAAGAACUCGGGGAUCUUCGUAAGAAGACAGAGAAGCUGACGAGCAUCAUCAAUCAGAUGCAACAGCAAGGCCGGGGAAUCCCGCAGGGGAUGCAGGGAAUGCUGGACAGUUGCGCGGUAGAGAGCCAUCCGGACGAUGUCGAGCACCACCACGACUUGGGGGACGUGGAAGAUGAAGGUAGCACGUAUGGAGAGGAGGAUUACGACGAGGACGAUCCGUUGAGUGACGACGUAGGAGACUACGACGACGACACCGAGGAGGAAGUUCUGCAGCCUUAUCAGCAUGCGCUGCCACAAAUAGCUGCCAACACUCCAACCACAUUUGGCCCGGAGCGCCCGCCGCCUGCCACAAAUGGCCAUCGAUAAGAGCAGCGCGUCGAAUGUCGUGCACAGCUGGUGCUGUUGAUGCCCUACGCCGCAAGUAGAGAAAGGUACCGCCACGCCUCUCAGCUCAUUCUACUCCUUGAGUGUCGGAAAAACGGUCUUUGCCGCUGGCAGGCACUCGGCAAUGCGCUUCCAUGGACUAUGUAACUUUUCGAGCUCUCAGUACUCGGAAGCCUGCAGUCAUCUCAUGCAGGCACCCGCCGCAUCUGCGUAUAUUUCGUGUAAGCUAUAUAUACCUGUAGUCGUACAGCAAUGAUACUGUGGAGAUCUUGGCAUGCUUGAGAACAUACGGGCUCAAUAUUACA